AUGGAACAACUCUUUCCGGGCUAUCCGUUACUGAAGUCAAUGAAAAAAAUAAUGUCCAUCAUCUGCUGUACCAAGGCGAUAUUGUGUUAUCCCGCUGAUCAAACUAAGAAUGCGUUCAGAGACGCAGCGAAACAAUGGGAAAGUCAAACCUGUAUCAAUUUCACAGAAAAUCCUUCGGCUGCUGACCGAGUGAAAGUGUCUGAGUUACCAGGCUGCUAUUCAUGUGUUGGGAAAUGUGGCAGCGAACAGGUGUUAUCGUUGGGAAAUAGAUGCGCUAAAGGAUUCAUUGCUGCGCACGAAAUUGGCCAUCUUGGAUCAUACAUACCCACUCGCGUUAUGACCGUGACGAUUUUGUCAAAGUUAAUUGGGAAAAAGUUCAGGUAA